GGGCGAGGGAGGCUCGUGCCUGGAACAAGCCUUCUAAGCCUUUGCCAUUCCUCUUGCGAAGGCCAUGGCUUCUUCUCUUAUUCUCGUCCUGGUCUCUUCCCUUGCCUUCCUCUCCUGCAUUUCAGAGGCCCGGACCUAUCCUCCCAUAGUGGACGGCCUUUCUUUCACCUUUUACGAGUCCACCUGCCCCAACGCUGAGUCCAUUAUCCGAAACUUCCUCACGACGGCCUUCAAGAGCGACAUCGGCCUCGCCGCCGGCCUCCUCCGCAUCCACUUCCAUGACUGCUUCGUUCAGGGGUGCGAUGGGUCGAUUUUGCUGGACGGGACGGCGAGCGAUCCAAGCGAGAAGGACGAGCCGCCCAACCUGACGCUCCGGAAGACGGCCUUCAAAGCCAUCAACGACGUCAAGGCUCUUCUGGACCGGGCUUGUGGGCGGGUCGUCUCCUGUGCCGACAUUGCUGCCUUAGCCGCCCGUGACUCAGUCUACUUGUCCGGCGGCCCCAAGUACGAGGUGCCUCUAGGCCGGCGCGAUGGCCUCACGUUCGCCAAUCGGUCCGCCACCAUCGCCGGCCUCCCAGCCCCCACCUCCAACGUCACCACACUCCUCACUGUCCUCAACAAGAUUAACCUCGAUACCACCGACCUCGUCGCUCUCUCCGGCGGCCACACCAUCGGCCUUGCGCAUUGCACCUCCUUCACCAACCGCCUCUUCCCCUCCCAGGACCCCAUCAUGAACCAGUACUUCGCCAAGAACCUCUACCUCACCUGCCCGGCCGCCAACACGGACAACACCACCGUCAACGACAUCCGAUCCCCGAACACCUUCGACAACAAGUACUACGUCGACCUCUUGAACCGGGAGGGGCUCUUCACGUCGGACCAGGACCUGUACUCCGACCAGAGGACCAAGUCUCUUGUCACCAGCUUUGCCAUCAACCAGUCUCUCUUCUUUGAACAGUUCGUGUACUCCAUCGUCAAGAUGGGCGAGCUGAGCGUGCUUACCGGUGACCAGGGGGAGAUCAGAGCCAACUGCUCGGCUCGCAACCCAGAUACCAAGUUCUUGUGGUCUGUGGUGGAUGAUGAAGAGGGUGAGAAGCUGGCGUACUAGAUCAGAUUCUAGGACAAGUUGCAAGGUUUGUGUCUGUGUUUUGUGGAAUUGACUGUCCAACAAUAAAUCGCCGUGACAGUGAGUAUGCCUGUUUAGCUCCAGUUGUAAGCUUAUAAAGAAAGUUUAGUAAAUCCUUACAUAGUUCAAAGAUUCGACUUUCAUGUCCUGAUUCUAUAGAUAACUUCAGCUUCCUUGCA